CAAAAUUACAUGGGCACCCCCAUUUUCACAAAGAAAAUAAUUCUAAACCCAUAAUUUAAAAAAUCCUGUUUUUCUCUUUUACAAAGGAAAAACUACUUCUUCGAUUGGUUUUCUUCUGUUUCUCAACUGUAAAUCUUCGUCAACACCUGAAUCAGAUCGAGAAGAACGAUUAUUUGAGGUCGAUGGAGUUACGCGGAUGUGUUGUUGCAAAAAGAUAGUUGAAGCUGCUGCCGUAUCUGGUAAUGAUUGAAGAGAAUAUUUGUUGUUGUUGGUAAUGAAUAUGCUAUGAGAUCGAUGGGGGUCUUGAGUCUGUUGCUGCUAUGAAGAUUGAGAUGAUGAAUUAAUGGGUUUCUGUGAUGGUUAAGGGUUGCAGAAGAGCAGGAGAAGAAUUUACAGAAUCAAGGAAUUUGUUAGAGAAGUUGAAGGUUAGGGUAGGAAGGGUUUCGAUUCUAAUCUGAAUCUGUGUUGCAAUCGAGAAGAAAUUUUGGGUUUAUAAACUAGAAGAAAUUAGAAGAUGGGGGUUUGAGAUGUUCUGGCAAUUACGAUUGAAUAGGUCUAUUGGUGGUAUAAAUUGCAGGCAUGAAUUGAAAUGGCUAGGAGGAGGGUGCAAACAUCAUCGUGAACUCUGUCCACCCAGGACUGAUAAUGACGAAUUUGUUCCAGUAUUCUGGCUUUGUGAUCCGGUCUUUGAAGUUAUUGACAUUCCUUCUUUGGAAGAAUGUACCACAAGGAGCUGCAACAACGUUCUACGCUGCGCUUCACCCAAGUAUGAAGAACGUUACGGGGAAGUACUACCUCGACUGCAAUGAGAUGAAACCAAGCAAGUAUGCUAGAAAUGAAAUAUUGGCAAAACAAUUAUGGGAUUUCAGCAACAAGUUGAUCAAGUCGAUUGAGCUCAGCUGAAUUUUUACUUUCCUACUGUUUAGAAACUGGAGCAGAAGAAGAGAUCGUGGUCAGUACAUAACCAAAAAGUAAAGCACUAAUAAUCUCUAUUAUUUGCUGUAGAAGUAUGAAUAUUUGUUCUUUAUUGCAAUUAUCAGUGUCAAUGAAUUCUCAUAUUAAUGACCUCAAUGGUUGCAAAUUAAUGACUUUGGACCAUUUUAAAAAACCCAAGUGCAUAUGGUCUUUGCAUAUACGGAAUUCGUCCUUAAGAUUGCAAUUUAUUUAUUCUUUCGGAGCAUUUAAGAUUGCAUAUGGUAAUUGGGGUUGGGGUUUCAUGUUGUCAAAACAAAACAUCACUGUCCAAGUAUUUAAACAUCAAUCUUAUUAAUGCGCUUAUAUACUGCA